AUGUGGAUACUACCGUUGCUUGGAUAUGUGGGUGUCAUCCUGGGGUUCGCGUUCCUGACGCUUGCGAUAGCUUCCGGCCUAUACUAUCUAUCUGAACUCGUGGAAGAGCAUACUGUGUUCGCGAAGAAACUACUCUAUCGGCUCAUCUACGGCGUCGUUGGCAUACAGAUCCUGCUUCUUGUGGUCGAUAGGUUCCCAAUUGGACUAAGCGCGUUGAGCGUCGUGUCGCAUGUCAUCUAUGCGCAGAACCUGAGGAAGUUUCCCAUUGUCAAGCUCACGGAUCCGCUAUUCUUGGUCUCUUGUGCCCUCGUGAUUGCAAACCACUACCUUUGGUUCCGCCACUUCAGCGCUCCGCCGGCGAACACAUACUCCUCGUACCCUUACUCCCGCGACGUCAAUAUUCCCUCAUUCACCGAGAUCGCAUCCUACUUUGGCCUGUGUGUCUGGCUAGUACCAUUCGCCUUGUUCGUCUCCUUGUCUGCUGGCGAGAACGUCCUUCCCUCAAUGGGCUCCGAGUACGCGACUGGAGACGGCAGCAGCUACAUCAUGCCAGGAAAAGCACCAGAGUCGUUUGGAAGUGGGACAGGUAUUGGAGUUGGCGGAGUGAGCAGCGGAAUGGAGGGAAAGAGGAGGGCGAGAAGUGGAACAAACGCGGGCAUGGCAAAGGCCGUUGUCACUGGUGUCAGAGAGUGGGUCGGAGAGACAGGAGAAGUUAUGGGACUGUGGAAAGGCAAUCCUGGAUUGCUCGAAACUGUCAUUCCUCAACCAACAUUCUCCAUGGAUAGCCUGCUCUCCCUACCCACACGCAUGGCCGCUCCAACGCCCCAGGUCAAGCCGCCACGGCUGCAGCGCGAGACUGCGUCUUUCGGACAGCAACAGCUUGACCCGCGUAAUGCUCGCAAUCUCUUACGCAAAGUCUUCAAAAAAAAAGCUGGAACCAUCUACCUACGGCACAGAAUUUGCAGGCCGAUACCCAGACACGCUGAGUUGUUGCUUGACACGCCGAUUGGUCGCGACUUCAAUCUGAUCACCGCCGCUGGUGUAGACUUUCAAGUACACUCCAUCAUGUUGAUCGGUGGCUCGAAGGCGUUGCAGAAGGGGCUAUUCCCUGGCGGUGCGACGAUUCCCAACCCGCCAAGUUUCGUGAAUCUGCCGCCUCACUUCCACCCUAUCCUCGUAGACCGAAUUGUCAAUUUCAAAGACGGUCAACUCACACAGAGCACCUUCAAAUUCUACCACGCAACCCUCAUCCCAAACGAGAAUCCACCCUCGCCUGCUACGGUUGCCCUCGUCGACAUCAUCGAAUAUGCCUGCAAAGACGAGGAUGGUGCAUUACAGCAAUUUGUCGUCGCAGCUGUUCUUGCACAAGAGGCUAGACAUUGGACGGAAGCACAGCUCACAAAGUUCUCCGAAAGCAUCCAGGGUUCAGAAUACGACGACUUCCGUAAGGUUUAUACUGUUGUCAAGGGACAGACUGAGGAGCUCAUCAAACAAGGUGAUAUUACGAAGCAGUCGGUGGCGGAGCGCAAGAAGCAUCGGGACCGUAGGAAGGCAGCCAAUUCCAAACACAGCAACGAGGAUAAGAACAAAAUCUUUAGGGCUGAUGGCUCGCCUAUAGGAACAUUAGGUGCACGUCCCACAUCUCAGAAGGACAAGUUCAAGCGGAGACAUGAAGGGAGGCGUGGCGUUGGUGCGGUUGCAAAGGCUGAUGGAGACGAAGACAUGGCCAUGGAGGUUGAUUAG